AAUUCCGCAGUUUCCCGCAAGUAAUAAAAGUAAUUUGGAAAGAAAGCAUAAUUUAACAUGGCAAACACAUCGCAGAAACACAAAAAUUUCGUAGCGGAGCCUAUGGGAGACAAAGCAGUUACAGAAUUAGCUGGAGUUGGUGAAGUUCUUGGAGAUCGGUUAGCAAAAGCUGGAUUUGACCAGGCAUGUGUAGUACUUGGCCAGUUCCUUAUCCUGAAGAGAAAUCAAGAAUUAUUCAAAGAAUGGAUGAAGGAUACAUGCUCUGCUAAUUCUAAACAAGCAAUGGAUUGCUGGCAGUGCCUUGACGACUGGUGCGGAGAGUUCUUGUAAAUUAUAUUAUUAGCUUUUGAACAAAUUUUCAGAUGACAAUUAUUGAAACAUAUUAUUUUAGUUUUUGAUGUAAAUGGAAAGUUUUAAGUCAUGAUUUAAAGUCUAGAAUAAGUAAAAUUUAUUUUAAAAUGUGUUUUUGUCUUAAAGUAACUGACUAGGGCAAUACUGUAAUUUCAUUGGAAUAUUAUUAAAAAUAGUUUCGUAUAAUGUAAUGUUAGAUAAUAAUUGACACUAGCCAAAAUCAUUAUAAAAAGUUUUAAUUCAUAUUCUCCAAUCAAAGUAAAUUUUUUAAUAUUGUUGAGGACAUUUUCCAUAACUUGCAGUAACUUGAACUAAGGUUGAGAUUGUAAAUAAGUAUAGGUUUUAAAAAAUAUAUAUGUAAUAUCUAUAA